ACAAAGGGAGCAGCAUCCAUUCUGCUUGGUUAUUAUGUGGCAUCUAAGGGACUACGUCAAAUGGCUAACCUGUCUCCAAUUCAGUAUAUGUUUGACCAGUGGGCCACCCGAGAAGCCCUCAAAUCUGUCCUGCAUAACGUAUUAUGAUAAAAAUAUGACCUGUUGGUGGAAUCCAGGGAAAGACAAACACAUUACAACUACAUAUCAACUGAAGUUGUUCAUUCCUUCAAUUCCUUUACAAAGGUGCAUCCCAGAAAAUUCCAAGAACUCAUGCACAAUUUUUUAUCCAGAUCUUCGUUAUUAUGUUGAUUAUAUCAUUUGGGUGGAAGCCAAAAAUAAUUUUGGGAAAACAGACUCAGAUCACCUAGUGAUGGAUACAAUGAAUUCAGUCAAGCCUGAACCCAUUUUCAUCACAUCAGUACAACCUGGGCAUGAUUUGAGCAGAUCACUAAUAGUGAAAUGGAAAAAGCCUUUGAAAUUGCCAAAAGUGUUUCCACUUAAAUAUUGCCUCCGUUAUCGAAUGGCUGGGAUUGCGGACUGGAUAGAGGCUGAACUAAACGAAACAUCUUCCCAAGCAGAGUUUUUCACAAUUGAAGGCCUUAAGCCAUUUACAAAGUAUGUUGUGGCAAUUCGUUGCAUGAAACAGGAUGGUAAAGGUUACUGGAGUGAUUGGAGUUCGGAGAAAACUGGAACUACGUCUGAAGAUCAACCAUCCCAAGCACCAGAUCUUUGGAUAGUAAACAAAAAUCCACGUUCACAAAACAGAUCAAUACUCAUCAUGUGGAAGGAACCAAGCAAGUCUAAGGCUAAUGGUGUCAUAAAAGGAUACCAGCUGAAGAUAACAGAAAGAAAAACUCAGGCAGUGAUGUGCAUCAACAGUACUAAUCUGGAGUAUAGUCUUGUUCUUUCUGGAGAAUCAUACACAAUAGCAAUUACUGCCUACAACUCAGUCGGCAACUCCCCUGCGUCUGUGCUGUUAGUGCCUUCAGCAAAUCAGAAAGAACUCCCACCUGUGCUCCAUGUCAGUGCUGCCCCACAUAAUCACCAACUGAUGAUAGAAUGGAAAGCUUCUAGCUCCACUAUAAAUACAUACAUAGUUGAAUGGUGUGUGGUAGAGUCAGACAGUAAUGAGUGUAGUGGGCCAGUUCAUUGGAUGUAUGAACCGAAUACCACAAACAAGGCAUUUGUGAAAGAAAACAUUGUGGCAUUCAAGCGCUAUAAGAUAUCAGUUUACCCCUUGUACAAUGAUGGCCCUGGAUCUCCACUUUCAACAAAGGCAUAUCUAGAAGAAGACACUCCAGCAUCUGGUCCCUUUGUUCAUCUGAAGGAAGCAGGAAAAGCUGCAGCUCAGUUGGAAUGGGAUGAAAUUCCAGUAAACGAAAGGCGUGGAUUCAUCACAAAUUACACCAUCUUUUGCAAGAGUGCUGGUGAAAGUGAAUCAUCAAAACAAGAAAUUGCAACUAUCAUAGCAUCCAUCAUCCCGGUUUCCCUGUCAGUCGCUGUUAUGAUGUUACUUGUGUACUUUAUGAACAUGACUCCUGAAAAGAAUUGUCAGAAUGUCCCAGAUGCAGCUCACAGUCAUCCUUACCUAAAUUCACCAAAAUGUCAAACUAAGAAUAAUUUUGAUGCAAAAGCGCUGGAAAAGGCCUCUGAGACCAUCAGAACUGUAGGACAGCAACUGCAAAGUGAGGAGAGUGAGCCAUAUCCGGUCUGUUCAAGGAACGCUGAAGAUUCAACUUUGAUGGGGAACCACACGGGCCAGCUACCACCAUCUCAGAACUUACAGUCAAACUUGACUUGUCUGCUACUGAACUCAGAGGAGGUAUUUUAGGUGUAGGUAAAAAGGAGUUGGAAUUCCAAGUUUGUAUAUUUGUGCAGAGAACAAUAUUGAAAAAAAAUUUUGAAACAUAGAGUACAGCCUUCAUGGCUUGUUGGCAACAAAAAUGAACUAAAAAUAUCUCACAGUAGAAAUAUGAUCAUCAUCCAGUUGAAAGAAUCCUAAAUUUCCCAGGAAGACAGUGAAUCACGGUGGGCAGACCGCAGUUAAUCCUUCAUUAUGCUGAAUCAUUUUCUUCACCAAAUAAAAUCUUCAAAUGCCUGAAACCUUCAGUUCAGCUUCUAGAAGAAGUGGAAAUGAUGCCAAUCAAACUUAUUUUGAUGCACGUGCUCAACGACUGAAUGACUUGUGCUUGGAGACAGUCCAGCACCGUGUUUCAAAUGAACUACUUAAAUGUUAUAGAACAUGACAGCACAGUACAGGCCCUUCGGCCCUCGAUGUUGUGCCGAUCUGUCAUACCGAUCUCAAGUCCAUCUAACCUACACUAGCCCAUGUACGUCCAUAUGCUUGUCCAAUGACAACUUAAAUGUACCUAAAGUUGGCGAAUCUACUACCGUUGCAGGCAAAGCAUUCCAUUCCCUUACUACUCUCUGAGUAAAGAAACUACCUCUGACAUCUGUCCUAUAUCUUCCACCCCUCAAUUUAAAGCCA